GGACCAUGAUAUCGUCUUUCGACUUUGACUCGGCUCCUAUACUCCGUACUCUACUUCAAGGUACAAUUCUUUCGGCACAAAUAGGCAUGAUCGGUUUCAUUCUCGCCUACAUAGACAUUUCAAUUGACAGCAAUUGUGUAACAAGAGUGCCCGGAGUACUACUACUAGCAGUAAUAAUCAUUCCACUAGCGCUUUUCGAUGGGCGCCUAUCUCAUAGAUACCCGAUCGUAUUGCAGUCCGUGAACCUUUGACUUGUGCGCAAUUGUAAGUCAUUGUGAGUCUUGCAGGCGGAUUCUUCAGGUUCAACUUGUUCAUGAAUGUGUUUGCUAGUUGCACUUCGAUCUCACGCCACACCUUCGACGGUCAUUAGCCGAAAGUAUUCUUUGGCACUUGAAUUUUUUGCUGAAAGAAUCGGAGGCAGUGCUUGUGGUUAAAGACGUAUAAAUCAUGCAUCUUCCGGCCGA